AUGGAGAUUAGGAACGUGACAGAGUUUGUCCUACUGGGACUCACAGAGAACCCAAAGAUGCAGAAGAUUGUAUUUGUAACAUUUUCUCUCAUCUACAUCAUCACUGUGGUGGGAAAUAUGCUCAUUGUAUUUACCAUAAAUGCUAGCCCAUCACUAGGAUCACCAAUGUACUAUUUCCUGGCCUAUCUCUCCUUCACUGAUGCCUGCUACUCCUCUGUCAGCACUCCAAAACUGAUCAUAAACUCACUCUAUGAAAAUACCAUCUCAUUCAAUGGAUGUAUUAGUCAAAUAUUUUGGGAACAUUUCUUUGGAGGCGCUGAGAUCAUCCUGCUCACUGUGAUGGCCUACGACCGCUACGUGGCCAUCUGCAAGCCCCUGCACUACACGGUCAUCAUGAACUGGCGUAUAUGUAACCUGCUAAUGGGUGUGGUGUGGGCCGGAGGCUUUCUUCAUGCCACCAUACAGAUCCUCUUCAUCUUCCAACUGCCCUUCUGUGGUCCUAAUGUCAUAGAUCACUUUAUGUGUGAUCUGAAUCCUUUGCUCAAUCUGGCCUGUAUGGAUACUCACAGUCUAGGGCUCUUUGUUGCUGCCAAUAGUGGGUUCAUUUGUCUGUUAAACUUCCUCCUCUUGAUAGUCUCCUAUGUGGCCAUCCUGUGCUCCCUAAAGAACCACAGCUUGGAGGCAAAGCACAAAGCCCUCUCCACCUGUGGCUCCCACAUCACAGUGGUUAUAUUGUUCUUUGUACCCUGCACAUUUGUUUACAUGAGACCUGCAGCUACUCUGCCCAUUGAUAAAGCAGUUGCUGUGUUCUAUACCAUGAUAACUCCCAUGUUAAAUCCCUUAAUCUACACCUUGAGAAAUGCACAGAUGAAAGAUGCCAUCAAGAAAUUGUAUAGUAAGAAAGCUAUUUCAGGUGGCACAUAA